AUGGUCCUUGGCUGGCCACUGCUUCUGGUAUUGGUGUUGUGCCCAGGUGCGACAGGCAUCAAGGACUGCGUCUUCUGUGAGCUGACUGACUCCACUCAGUGCCCAGGCACACCCAUGCGCUGUGGGGACGACGAGGACUGCUUCACAGGCCGCGGAGUAGCACAGGGUGUGGGGCCCAUCAUCAACAAAGGCUGCGUGCAUUCCACUAGCUGUGGCCGCGAGGAGCCCAUCAGCUACAUGGGCCUCACUUACAGCCUCACCACCACCUGCUGCUCCGGCCACCUUUGCAAUGGGGGUGCUGCUUCCGCCACGGGACCUGCCAGCCUGGCGCUGGGUCUGCAGCUGUUCCUGGGCCUGUUGCUGCGGCUUCAAUACUGGCUGUGGUGA